AUGAAUAGUCCACCCAAAACCAACCCGUUGCUCCAACAUGUCUCGGUGGUUGCAGUAUUGAAAUUCGCUGCCGUGGUUUUCCUGUUUAUAGUCACCGGAAUCUGCUGGGCUUACCGCAACAGGGGCUUCUGGGCAUCCUCCUCAGCCAACGAAAAAUGGAUUGGUGGUCCAAAAGGCAAGCCUUUCAUAGGAAAUGCCCAGGAACUCCAGGUCCGCGGCGCUGCAAGCUGCAAGGCUUGGUGGUCUCUUUACCAGCGAUACGGCCCUGCCUACGAGCUGACACUCCCUUUCUUCCGCAUGCAUGUUAUCAAUCAUCCUACAUACCUUGAGCAUAUCCAAAAGCACAACAAUAAAAACUACAUACGUGGUAACUUCAACCGGAAUGUAUUCAGGGAGUUACAUAGAACCGGCAUCUUUGUCUCUGAUGGCAAAGAGUGGCAAUUACAGCGCAAGGCGGCCCUUCGAGUAUUCAGCAAACAGAAUUUUGACAAUCACAUCACGCGAACCCUCCAUCGCUGGCUUGAUAUUCUGCUGCAACUUCUCUCUAAUUUAGCCAAGGAGCAAAAGACAUUCGAUUUCCAGGAUUUAAUGGGACGCUUUAUGAUCUGUAUUUUCCUCAGUAUGGCAUUCCACGAGGACGAGCUCGCUCUGGAGGUCAUGUCAGAGAGCCCCGAGAGUCUCCAGACUACGCCGGAUUAUGUCAAAGCCUUCGAUGAGGCCACCCACUUGUUUGAUAGACGAAGGCGUGAUCCGCUAUGGAGGAUGACUGAAAGGCUUUCUGGCGAGGACAAGAUAACAAAGAGAGCCGUGCGCCUGUUCUACGAGCGGAUUGAUGGUUUUAUCAAAAAGCGGCUUGACGCGAUGGAGAAUGGCUAUAAGCCAAACCCAGACGCGGGACUUGAUCUUCUGGACAUAUUCAUACAGUCAACAACUGAUAUAUAUACGCUGGGCGGAAUGGUGUUCGCGUUCUUGUCCGCUGGCCGAGAUACGACUGCAUUUACCAUCACAUGGUUUAUGAAGGAGAUUCACCAUAGAGAAAACAAACAUCUUGAUGCUGUGAAAAAGAUGCAAACAGAGGCCCAGGAACUUGGCUUUACAAAUACCUUCCUUGAAUACGGGGAUACGUCGAAAUUACGCUUUACGAAUGCCAUGUGGGACGAAACCGUUCGCCUUGACACUGUUUCUCCAGCUGGCCAGAUAGAGGCGGCGGGAGAUGAUAUUCUUCCGGCAGUGCCCGAACUCAAUAUGCCUGCCCGACAUAUUAAAAAGGGUGACGUAGUAACCUACCAAAAUUAUGUUCUCUCUCGCAUGCCUGAAGUCUGGGGAGAAGACGCCACCGUCUUCAAUCCUCUCCGAUGGUUUAAAGACAACGGCGAAAGUAUUUCGUACAGCCCUUUCAAGUAUCAUUCUUGGAAUGCUGGGCCGCGCAGCUGUCUCGGACGCGCUCUUGCCACGUACGAGGGCAUCGCCAUCACAACUGCCAUUCUCCAGCGGUUCGAUGUCAUCCUUGAGAAUCACAGCAAGACAUACGAGCCACUUGCUGCUAUGAAUAUGGGAAUCAAAGACGGCUUGCUCAUGCGGGUGAGAGAAAGGUGUCAGCAAACUUAG